AAUCACGACCGGAAACAGUCGUGGUCCGAUGCUGUUGAUGAGGAAUUCGAAGGGAUGGAUUUUUCUGCUCCUGUUAUUUUCAACGACGAUGAGGACUUGCUUCGGCUUGAAAAAGAGAAAGAAAACAUUGAACAGAAAGACUUUAAUUUAAUAAUGGCAAAGAUUCAAGAAAAGAAGAUCUCGAACAUCCCACCGACGGUAUUACGAAUAGUAGCAAUACAGAAUCUGGUUUCGGUUCUGACGACGGUUCCACCAAGCGACAACCUCGUGAUUAUAGUUCAGCGUCUAUGCGCAUCCGAGACAAGGAUCCUAACAAGGAGUCUUCUACAGUUUCUCAGGCAAAAGUCAUUUACUGCAAACCUCGACCUUGGGGUGAGCAACGGACUCACGGACAUCAGCAUGAAGCAGCCAAUGACUACUCUACCAGUCCCAAUAGCCAUUGGUCAUCCUACCAUCAAUGACGAGAACGUCUGGAACAAAGACGCAAAGAAAAGUUCAACACGAGAAACAUCCGGAAAAACAUCGUGA